AAUUCAACAAUUGAUUUAACUCAAAUUGGUGGUGUUAAUCAAGGAAGUUCAAGAUAUGAAUUUCUAUUAGUUCAAGCACAAGAGGGUCAAGAUGUCAAUGAUACGUAUACAAUUAAUCUAAUCAGAAAAACUUUUAAUAUCAGAGCAUUAAUUCUUCAAGUGGGAACAACUUGUGAAUUACCACUUAGUCAAGCAGUAGUACCAGAUAAUAGUCGUUUACUAGUAGAAAAUGUAUUCGAAGAUAUUAAUGAUUUAAUUAACAGUCUAAAGAUAGAAAAACAAUGGUGUCUUACCUAUACAAAUAAUGCACAAAGAAAUGCAUUUGUUCAAUUUAAUACAGGAUUUUUCUGGUUUAUAACUGCAUUGGAUAUCAAUGAAUCAUUAAGACAUUUAAAAUAUAUGAGUGAUGAAGAUGAAAGGUUUAGAUAUAAUCUUGGUGCUGCUUUUGCUCCUUCACAUACAGAUGCAAUUACAAGAUUGAAAGAUCAAAUUAAUGAAUUAAACCGAAAACUUGAAGAAGAUACUGAAGAACAUGAAAAGAAAAAAUAA